UCGUUUAUGUUUCGUAGAAAUAUUAAUUUAAAAUAAAUUAACAAAGCAAUUAAGCAAUCAAAUCGAUUAUGAGUCGAAUUAAAGAUUUCAAAUUUUGUGAUUAUUAAAAAUUCAAUAUGGAUUGUCUAAGUGAUAAGGAUGUAACAGAAAAAUUAAGAAUUGAAAAUUAUGAACAGUAUAAACAAUUGGUUCGUAUGCACUUAUCAUUUGAAUUGGACCUAAAUACAGAUGAAUUCGAUCUACCAUGUCAUGAAAUAAUAUAUUAUGAAAAAGGUAAACUGAGAAAGUGGAAUAGAUUGGCAAAAAAAAUAAAAAGUUGCACUUCUUCCAAAAAUGGUGCUGGAAGCCCUCUUGAAGGUGGGUCUAUACAGCUAACAUUCGGUUUAAUUAAUCAACUAAAACAAUUGCGAGCAUUCUUAUUGAAAGAAGUUAACUUAAAACAAGAAGGUAUAUUUAGAAGAACUGGUGCUGUUUCAAGACAAAAUGAACUACGAAAUCUAAUGAAUCAGCAUAAAGAUUUUAAUCUCGAUGAAAACUUUAGUGUACAUGACUGCGCUACAGUUUAUAAAGGAUUUUUAGCUGAUUUGCAUGAGCCUUUGUUAACAGAUGCUCACUAUCCUGCACAUUGUCAAAUUGCUGAUUUGUGUAAUGGUGUGGAGGGAAAAGAAAAGGGAGAGAAACUCAAUAAAGUAAAUCAUUUUUUGAACUCGAUGCAACUCUUAGUUCUUCUACUACCAAAUGAAAAUAGAAUUUUAUUGGAAGAUAUCAUAAGUAUGCUGUAUGAGACUUCGAAAUAUGAACAAUAUAAUAAAAUGUCGCCAGAUACAUUGGCGUUAUUAUUUUCACCACAUUUAAUGUGUCCUCGAAAUCUUCCUCCUGAAGCUCUACAUUACGUUUCCCAAAGAAUGUCUAGCGUUGUAAGUUACAUGAUACAUAAGGGUAAAGUUAUAUUUGAUAUUCCUUCAAAACUCGCAACGGAUAUACGUGCUUAUUUCCAUGAAAUGAAAAGGAAGAAAACUAUGUCUCCCGAGCAUAUACUUGAUGAAUCAAUUUCUGAUAUAUCCACAGUAAAUACAGUGUAUACAUUUGUUGAUCGUGAGAAAACAGCAGCUGAACACAAUUCAAAUCCAACAGACACAGCGCUUGCUCAACUUUAUGCCCAUAUUCAAAGUUUGCCAGAAUCAUCGAAGAAAAGGAAACUUAUAAAACAGUUUAAUAAAGAGAAUGGGCAAGGAACCCCACUACAGAUGUUAAUGGUUAACAGAAUAAAAAAUAAUGAAAUUCAGAGAAGUGGUGGUAAAUCUUUCGGUGAGGCAAUUAAAAAACACAUAUUUCACAAGGGAUUAAUUUCGCGGACCCCAAAACGUUUGAAUUCUUCAACUAAUAAUUCCUCUACACCGAAUGGUGCUGUUAAAACACCGAGAACUCGUAUAUUAUUUCCAAAUCCAAUUUUAUCACACUCAAAUUUUCAAAUCUCAAGACAACCGCAGCACUUAGAUACUGUUAACAAUUAUUCAAUCGAGUCACCUUCAAUCAAAAGCAUUUCGAAGAACAAGGUUUCAGCCACGCAACUACGUCAUCCUUUGCAAAAGUCCGUAUCAGCUUCCUCAAUUCUCUCUUUAACAUCAACAUUAAGCUCAGCAUCAACGAAUUCCUUAGAUAUAAACAAUUCUGAAAAUAAGCCAUCAUCGUCUUCUGUAUGUCGAUUUUCUUUAAAUGAGUGCACUGAAAAAGAUGCAGCAAUAGAAAAUGAUGUAACGGGUACAUCAAAGCAGGUUAACAAAAACGUAAGUAAUGAUUUGUUAGCGAGUGAAAACACGGUUCAGUGGUUAAGUAAGAAAAAUUUCAAUGAGGAAACCGAUUAUAAUUUUGAUGAAAGGACGGACUUAACUGAUUAUGAUUUGGACAAAUUUUUAACUCCAGUAAAAAAUCGGGGCAAACUCAGAAAUUUGAAAAAUUUUAAUAGCAGUUUGAAAUCUAAAUUCAAAUCAGAGCCUAAUUUAUUCAAUUUAAUUCCGAAAGACGAAUUCGAAAAAGAUGCAAGCGAUUUUUCGUAUGUUAAUUUGAAUACGGACCAAGGAAAUGAAAAUGAUGGAAAAUUUAUUGAUUGUAUUCCAAAAACUAUAAAAAAUAGUUUAAUAAGAGCUGUAAGUUUGGGUUCUCUAAUUGGAAAUUUAUCGUCGUCAUCGAAUAUUGCAACACGUUCUGAAAAAUUAAAAGUUACUAAAAAAUUUAUUUUAAAUAAAACAGGUUGUUUUAAUAAAAGCUUAAAUAAAAAUGAAUUAAAUGAAGAAUCUGUAGAUUCUUACAAAGAUUGUUUGUCAACUAUACAAUCUGAAAGUGAAAUUGAUCCAGGACCUGAGCAUUCUACUAAGGCAGAAGAAGUAAAUAGUGUUGAAGAUGUUCAUAAAUAUAAACAUUGUUUCAGUACUGAACACGAUGAAAAGGAUGUAAAUGAAUUUGAAACAGGUGAUGUGUUUAUUCAUGAGGAUCGUUCUGUAUUAAGCAUUACAAGUGAAAAUGUUGUUGGAAGUUAUCCAAACUUAAAUUUGUAUAGAAACAUUGACUUAAUAACAAGUACCCCGUCGCAGUUUUUUAGAAGACGUUCGAUGUCACCCAUAACAAAAUCCACACAGCGAAUGCCCAAAGCUAUGCAGGAAUCAAUAAUGACUCCAAGAUCUCGCAAACCAGUAAUGUUAAUGGCAACUGUUGGCUCAGUGUCGCAUGAUAUUCAAAAUGUAUUAAAAAGUGAUAUAUCUAAUUUUAACGAGCAUAGAGAUCCUGAAUCGAAUUCAGCUUAUUUGAAUGAAUGUGAAUCUUCAAACAAUGAUACAACACCAAAAAUACAUAAAAUAAAAAACAUUGUCGCACCACAAACAAUCACCGUACCUCAACAAAUUUUUUCUCAAAUACAUGUAUUGGGUGAAAAUAGCUACUUUAUGGGUUGUACUGAAAUGGAACCAAAAUCUAUUGCUGAUGCUGCAAAUAUUAGAGAUAUAGAUGAGCUACAAAAACAAAAUUUAAAAUUAAAUAAUUUAAAUACAAAUGCUACCUUAUCAAGCACUUUCAGGGAAUAUUUAUUAAGUCGAAGUGUAUUAACUGCAAGCCCUGUUGAUGCAUCGUUUUCGAGUCAACCUGAUGAUUUUGGAUCAACACCAGAUAUCCAAGAUCUAAGUGAAUCCCAAAUGAGCUCCAGCUUAUUAUUCUGUUUAGAUGGAAAUAAACCGGUCAAUCAAAAUAGUUUUAACACCUGUGAAUAUAAUGAAAGCCGUGAAAGAAUUGAUUACCAAGAGUUAGGAAUAAACAUUUCCAACUGUGAUAAUAAUAAACAAAGUAAUGAUAAAAAUGAAUCUGACAACAGUUAUAGUACACAGCUUGCAAAAGAAAUUUUUUUAAAAAGUCAACAAAGAAAAAGAAAUUGCAAUAAUUUAAUAAAUAGUAGUAACGACGAUAUAUCAGUAUAUCCAGAAGAUAUAUAUAAUACAAGAAAAUUAUUAAUAAUUGAAGAGAAUCCGAAUGAAACUUCUCUUUAAUUUUUAUGAAUAGAUAGAGUAUUUUUU